AUGGCGGAGGCAUUUCCAAGUCCGCGUAAGCGACGCUGCCUUUUCCGGGAGUCGGUGGAUAACGAAGGGGAUAUGGGAAUCGAACAAUGCCUCUAUCGUACCGACCCAUUUCGAAGUAUUAGCUUCCUAAACCCCGAUCCGACAGCCCUUAACUUCACCACCAUAGCCGCUGAGGAAGAUCCUACACAGCAUUUACACCGAGAUAUCUCUAACACCCUCGACGAGUAUGGUCUACCAGCGGAGUCACUUUUCAGAUAUUAA